AAUCGAGUCCGACGACUAUCGACGUACGCAGAAUUGUAAACCAGGAGUUAAUUGCAAAUAAAACGAAUAAUAAAACGUUCCGUGAAGAUUAUUAAUUAAAAAUGACUGGUCGUGGCAAGGGGAGUAAGGGGAAGUUGGGGCGCGACAAUGCGACGGACGAUCCAGUCGAUCUAGUGUACGCGGCCGAGAAAAUCAUUCAGAAGCGCGUUAAGAAGGGCGUCGUGGAGUACCGCGUCAAGUGGAAGGGAUGGAACCAGCGCUACAACACCUGGGAACCAGAGGUAAACAUCCUGGAUCGCCGCCUCAUCGACAUCUACGAACAAACGAACAAAUCCUCCGGAACUCCCUCCAAGCGAGGCAUAAAGAAGAAGGAGAAGGAACCCGAUCCGGAGCCGGAAUCCGAGGAGGAUGAGUACACCUUCACCGUAGACGAUGUGGACACGCAUCAAGCCACCACCUCAUCGGCUACCCAGGACAAGGAGUCGAAGAAGGAGAAGAAGCACCAUCACCACCACCACCAUCAUCACCACAUCAAGUCCGAACGCAACAGUGGACGGCGAUCGGAAUCUCCGCUGACCCACCAUCAUCAUCACCACCACCACGAGUCCAAGCGUCAGCGCAUGGAUCACAGCUCCUCCUCGAACAGCAGCUUUACGCACAACUCAUUUGUCCCCGAGCCGGACAGCAACUCAUCCAGUUCCGAGGAUCAGCCGCUGAUCGGCACCAAGCGCAAAGCCGAGGUGCUCAAGGAAUCGGGCAAGAUUGGAGUGACGAUUAAGACCUCGCCAGAUGGCCCCACCAUUAAGCCUCAGCCGACCCAGCAGUUAACUCCCAUCCAACAGCAGCCCUUCCAGGAUCAGCAGCAAGCGGAAAAGAUUGCCAGCGAAGCUGCAACGCCACUGAAAUCAGAGCAGCAGGCCACCCCACUGGCCACAGAAGCCAUAAACACAACGCCCGCAGAGUCUGGAGCCGAGGAAGAAGAAGUAGCCAACGAGGAAGGCAACCAACAGACGCCACAGGUUCCUUCCGAGAACAAUAACAUACCAAAACCGUGCAACAACCUGGCUAUCAACCAGAAACAGCCGCUUACUCCUCUUUCUCCGCGUGCCCUUCCGCCGCGCUUCUGGCUGCCGGCCAAAUGCAACAUAUCCAACCGGGUGGUGAUCACAGACGUUACCGUAAACCUGGAGACCGUCACCAUACGCGAGUGCAAGACGGAGCGGGGGUUUUUUCGUGAGCGCGACAUGAAAGGCGAUUCGUCGCCAGUAGCUUGAGCUUCGAUCCAAACAAAUGUCGGGAAAACAAAACGGAAAACUGAUACAAUUGUAAAUAGACAAACCAAAUUGCGAGAAAGUUGAGAGGAGAAUUAUCCAGAGAAAUCCACACUAAAUGUUGCUAAGCAUUUUCUCUUUAGGACUUAACUAAUUUAUUGUAUUUAUUUUUAGCGUAGGUUUUAGUUUGUUGUUUUAUUACAAUGUUUAAUGUGCAAGAGUAGUUUAAGCAAGCGCAAGUCGGGCAUUUACUAAAUGACUUUAUAUAUGCAUAAAUUUACGAUAAUUUUUUUUAUCAGCAUUGCAAUUAUUGAAUAUUUUCCUAUUUAAAUCGAAACUUCUUUUCUCUUUUUCUGCAAUAUCACUGUUUAAGAUUAAUCUGGUUGUCAUUUAGUGAAUGGGCGAAAUGCUGCGGCUGCUUAACUUGCCAAUGCAAUAGAUUGUAAAACUUACAGCGUAGAUAAAUAUGUAUGUACUUGCUACAUAUAUUUACCACAUAUUGUAUAUUUUUUAUAACACUUUGAAUCUGAUUGAGAACAACACAAGACACUCAAAUGCUAAGAAAACUCCAUGCGAAACCGAAGCAAUUGUUGAUUACGCUUACAAAUAUAUACAAUAGAAGAUGCA